UCAUUCGCUGUUGCAGAUAUCUCUGUCGGCUUGCGUAGUGUACAGAGCCCUGUGCUCUGGAGGUCAUAUUACAAAUGAAAUGGAAAUUUCUCAAUUAUAUCCCACAAUUUGGCUUUGUGUUUAUGGGUUCUUUAGCAAUCUUAGACCCUCCGAACCUUUUCUGACUGCAUUUUUGAUGGGACCUGACAAAAACCUUACUGAAACAGAGGUUGUAAAUGAGAUCUACCCAAUAUGGACGUACUCCUAUCUUGUCCUCCUGUUUCCCGUCUUCCUGGCCACGGACUACCUCUGCUACAAGCCUGUACUGAUUCUCCAGGCAACCAGCUUUGUGGUGACCUAUGCUAUGCUUUUAAAGGCCCAGGGUGUGAUGGCCAUGCAGCUCCUGGAGUUCUUCUUUGGCCUGGCCACUGCCACCGACGUUGCCUACUACUCAUAUAUCUACAGUGUGGUUGAGCCUGCUCAGUACCAGAGAGUGACAGGCUAUUGUCGAAGCAUCACCUUGUUGGGCUCUGCAGCGGGCUCCUUGGCCGGCCAGAUCCUGGUGUCCGUAGGUCAGGUCCCCCUCUUCUACCUCAGUGUCAUCACACUGGUGUCAUCCGUUUUGGCUUUUAUAGCUCCGUGGUUUCUGCCCAUGCCCAGUAAAAGCUUGUUUUUCCAUCUAAACUCUGGAGCCAAGGAGAGGGUGAAAUCAGGACACCUUAAUGGCCAGAACCACCUUGAUAAAGCAGAAGACACAGAGAGAGUACCUCUUAAAAUCAAUGACCUUGUCAUGGUCACAAAGACUAGCGACGGCGAUAAUUCUAGCAACAGCCUUGUGGAUGUGUUGAGAAUUCUAUGGAAGGACUUCCUGCAGUGCUACUCUUGCCCAACCCUUCUGGCGUGGUCGGUUUGGUGGGCGCUAGCUACAUGUGGCUACUUCCAGGUCAUCAACUAUACCCAGGCCCUGUGGGAGAAGGUGCUGCCAUCCCAGGAGUUUGAGAUCUACAAUGGAUAUGUUGAGACGGUCUCCACCUUGUUAGGUGCCUCGGCGGCCUUUGGGGUGGGCUUUGUCAAGAUCUCCUGGGCGGUAUGGGGGGAGCUGUCUCUCUGUAUCUUCUCUGUUGUGAUGGCCGUGGCCAUGUACGUUAUGGAUACCGUCAGGAACAUCUGGGUGUGCUACAUCUCCUACAUUGUCUUCAGAGCCACCUACAUGCUGCUCAUCACCAUCGCCACGUAUCAAAUUGCUGUCAAUCUGAGUAUGCAGAGAUACGCCCUCGUGUUUGGAGUAAACACCUUCAUUGCUCUACUGCUCCAGACGCUGCUGACUCUGGUGGUGGUGGAUACUGCUGGGCUGGGCCUGGAUGUUUUUACGCAGUUCCUUGUCUAUGCCAGCUACUUCACUGUAAUCGCAGUGGUAUUCUUUCUGGCUGGUCUUUAUAAAUUGGCAUCCAAGAGAUGCUCCAAAACAGAUGGAGAAACCAACACUAAGGAUUCAGACUCCCUCAGUAGAGACUCACCACCAAUCUCUGAGCAGCUGCAACAGAUCCCAGACACAUGACUUCCUGUAUCUGGCAACACUACGAGGAGGAACACGCACUGUGCCUGUAUGCCCUAUGCUGUUUUCUUCCCAAGCACACUAGAGAUCAGGGGUCUCCAAUUUGGGUCCUGGAGAUCUACCAUCCUGUAGACUUUCACUUCAACUGCAAAUAAUGUAGCCUCAUUCAGCUCAUCAUCCAGCUAAUUAGUAGAAUCAGGUGUGCUAAAUUAAGUUUGAAGUGAAAACAGUCUGGAUGGUAGCUCUCCAGGAACAGGGUUGGAGACCCCUGCAUAUAGAUCUAGCUGGUCAGAAUUUGUGUUAAAAAAUAUCUACGAUAUUAUAUGAAAGCCUAUAUUUAGGAAAUUGUAUUAUUAGUCGCACAAAGAAAGACAUUUAGUUUUUCUACCGAUUAUUACAAAUCGAUGUCUAAAAAUGUAUUUGUUUAAGAUGCACUUGUCAAUCCAUCAUCUAUAUGAUGAUUCUACUGCAAAAACAAAGUUCAUUCAUGAGCAGCGUCUCAUUCAAAACCACUGGAUUAAUAUAACAGAUGAGCACUUGUAUGUACUGAUAUAGUCCUAGUAUUAGCAAGGAUUUUUUUGAAGCAGUGGUCGUUUUUCUUUUUAUCAGGAAAAAAAUGGGUACAAACAUAUAAGUAUUACGGUUAGGGUAAAUAAGGAUAACAUGAUAAUCUUCGAUUGAAUCAUAUCAAUAAUAUGAUGAAAGUGCAUAUCACAAUGUGUGAAAGGCGCAGUUAGACUACAAAUCAAAGACAAAAACGCUCCAAUCACAAAGCUACCAAAACAUUGUGUUGUGCAGUCACCAAUGAAUGUUGUGAUGAUAACGUCUUAAUGUAAUGUUGUGCCAAAUAUAAAGAUAAGUCAAUUGCUGUGCAAUGCUUAUAAUAGGCUAAUUAAUAAUAAAAGGUUAACCUAGA